AUGGCUGCAAACGAUGAUGAAGAAGUCAAUGCCGAGAUGCUGCAAGCCCAAAUCGACAUGGCCAUGUCCUUCACGCAUGAGCUCGUAUCAUCUUGGAUUAAACCGUCGGCAGGUUCGAAACGCAAGCGUGCUAGCGCCCAACAUGAACUGGAAGCAAUCAUGAAACGGCCAGCAAGGUUGGGCGUCGGAGCCCCAACGAGCGAUGGCUCAUCUCUACUCAACCGUGAUGCAGCGCGUCUGAAAGGACGUCUAACGGCCUCCGGUGUACAGAAGCGACCAUCAAAUCUCGAAGUGUCCCAUUCUCGCCAGGGGCACGAGGAUGACAGUGAAGAUAGCAGAGCAGGUGCCAUAAGAAAGAAAGCCAAGUCAGGAGGUCCUCCGAUAUCGAAGAUGAAACCGAAACGGAGGGGAAAGGACGGUGGUGAACAGCAAGCUAUCUCCGCUCGGACAUACGACGAAAUUACUGCAUCAGAGCCCUUGCGGCUUGCAAGCGAAAAAACAGAAGGUACAAGUCCUCGUCCGAGUAUUGCGGCGCAAUCCCGGAUGAAGGAAACAUCCAAUGCGGAGGCAUCGCCAUCGUUAGGCGAGGAACGAUUUACUGGUCCCAAAUUCCAGUUGUAUUCAUGUGCAUACGUUUCAGAACCUAAUCUUGCCGACAUUCCCGCGGGCAUGUCGCAUUUGCAUGUAUCUCAAGCUCCAGCCACUAAUCCUUCAGCUUUGGAAUCGCGUUCCACAAUACCGUUUCUCAACCUCAGUGGGCCCGUUGGUACCGAUGGUAUAGCUGCGGACGGCAAUACUCAGGAGCAGCGGAAACGCCAGAAAAAGGAAAAGGCUAGGGAGCGUCGUAAGAAUAGAAACAAGAGGAAACAAAAAGAAGCCGUCGUCACUGCCGCAGCAGUGCCCAUGGGAGGUGCCUCAGACGACAGUCCGCCGUCCGGAGACGCAGAGUGA